AUGACGAAAUAGCGCCCACCUCAGGAAACCGGAAAUCAAUUCUUUAAAUGUGACAUUGCGCACGCGCAAGCCUCUCGUGUCUUCGACCUCUACUUCUCACCGACAGCAGACACUGAAUCAAACGCCAGUUCCUGUGGUUGACCUGACCAAUACGUCUCAUCGUGAUGUAUGCCUGUGCUAAGUUCGUCUCCACGCUCUCUCUGGUCCGUGCUGGAUCUCGGGUACUGUACAGACCACUCUCAGCAGCAGUUGUGUCAGAUGCCAGGAAAGCAGAGACUGCUUCACUCCUGGCACCACAGAGCAUUGCAGCCCCCCAGCAGCAGCUGGCAGUGCGUGGUUUCCAGACCAGUGCCGUGAGCCGUGACAUCGACACUGCUGCUAAGUUCAUUGGAGCAGGAGCUGCCACUGUGGGAGUGGCUGGAUCUGGAGCUGGAAUUGGAACGGUGUUCGGCAGCCUCAUUAUUGGAUACGCCAGGAACCCAUCUCUGAAGCAGCAGCUGUUCUCUUACGCCAUCUUGGGUUUUGCUCUGUCUGAAGCUAUGGGUCUCUUCUGUCUGAUGGUUGCGUUCCUCAUUCUGUUCGCCAUGUAAACCAGUUUGGCAUUUACUGUAAAAGGGAUACACAACAGAAUGCAGCAUUAAUGAGAAUUAGCAGUUUGAGACGUCCUUAAAUGGUACAAUGAUCUCAGCCUAUCAUGGUGCUUAUUCUUGUUCAUUAGUGUAAAAGAUUGUGAGCCCGCUGAUGUAUGAAACUCUGGCAAACUCAAAUCAUUUUAAAUGAUGGUUUUGUCAUUAUAUUGUAUAUUUAAUCAGAUGUUUUGUUAACAAACAUGCAACCAAUAACAGAAGUAAAACAUUUAAUUCA